AAGAGCUAGAGCAGCGGCGCACGAUGGCUGCGGACAGCUCCCCUCAGCUGGCUCUGGUGGAGGAAUUUGUCUCUGGAUUGCAGGACAGCAAGGCGAAAGAUGCAGCCAAAGGGGUGAAAGACGGACAGUUCACGGUGCUGCAGCUGGUGGAGGCGCUCGGACUCAGUCUGACCAGUUCGCAGCCUCACACUCGAGCCCGAGGAGUGCAGCUUCUCUCUGAAGUGUUACAGGAGUGCUCCGGCGAGCUGACGGAGAAAGAAGUGGAGGUGCUCAUCGCCUUUUAUGAGAACCGUCUGAAGGACCACUACGUCAUCACGCCGGCCGUGCUGCAGGGCCUCCGGGCGCUGACAAAGUGUCCAGCGCUGCCUCCGGGCUCGGCCGUGUCCAUGCUGAGGUCUCUGUUCCAGGACGUUCACGUGCAGUCUCUGAUGCUUGCUGAACGCUCGUGUGUCUACAACAUGCUCAUCAACCUCAUGGAGACCCGGGAGGCUGAACUGAAGGGUCUGGGUGCCGACUUCGUCUUCGGGUUCGUCCAGUCGAUGGACGGGGAGAGGGAUCCCCGCAACCUGCUGUUAGCCUUCCAGAUUGCCAAGAACCUCAUUCACCGAGGGUACAAUCUCGGUACUUUCACAGAGGAGCUGUUCGAGGUGACCUCCUGCUAUUUCCCCAUCGACUUCACCCCGCCUCCUAACGAUCCCCAUGGCAUCACCAAAGAGGAACUGAUCCUGGCCCUGAGGGCUGUCCUCGCUGGCACUCCUAAAUUUGCAGAAUUUCUGCUGCCUCUCAUCAUCGAGAAGCUGGACUCGGACGUUCAGAGUGCGAAGCUGGACGCGCUGCAGACUCUGACAGCUUGUGUGUCAGAGUAUGAACACAAGGACUUGGCUGAGUUCCUGGAGGGACUGUGGUCAUCGCUGCGCAGAGAGGUGUUCCAGACAUCCAGCGAGAGAGUGGAGACGGCGGGCCUCGCCGCCCUCGCCGCACUCACUUCCUGUCUGUCUCGCUCGGUCCUCAACUCCGACUCGGAGGACUCCCUCAGCUCCUUCCUGGACCUCGUCCUCAAAGACUGUAAGCACCACCUGUGCGAGCCGGACUUGAAGCUGGUUUGGCCCAGCGCCAAGCUGCUGCAGGCCGCCUGCAGCGCCUCCCACAGGGCGAGCCACGUGGUGACCGCCGCCGUCAUGCCGGCGCUCAUCGAGCAGUACGGCAGCAGAACACAAUGUUCUCACAGGCGGACAUUACUGGAGGUCGUCCAGAGAUUCGUCCAGUCUGUGAAAAGCUGUCGUUCUGCAGACGCCGCUCCUGAUGAGGGCGCGCUGUCGGGCUUCAGAGAGGCUCUGUGCGCCGUGGUGUUCUCGGCGCUCAGCGAGAGCAACUCCAGCCUGCAGAUCACCGCCACCUCCGUGCUCACCUCGCUGGCUCAGCACGCCGGCCUGCUGUCCGACUCGGACGUGGAGCUGGCUGUGGAUCACCUGACCCGGCUGCUGCUGACGGAGGAGGAGGACCGAGUCAGCCUCGCUGUGGUGGAAAGCGCCGGCGCCUUGGCGGAGCUGCACCCGGCGGCGUUCGCCAGUAAACUGAUCCCCAGACUGAAGGAGGAGAUGUUUUCCGAGCCGCCGGAGAACGACAACAGGAAAGCGUCCGAUUCCCAUCAUGCAAUGCGCCAGCGGUGUUUGUCCGCUCUGGCAGCCGUGUCCGUUCAGCCCGGCGUUGUUCGGGAGAGCACGCCCGUCCUCCUGGAGGUCCUCCGAUCAGCACAUGCAGGUGGCGGUGGCUUUUCGGUGGACGAGGUGGUGCUGGCGUGCCGCAGCCUCCAGAGGAUAGCGGAGCAGGUUCAGGACACGGAGGAGACGGGCCGGUGCUUCCAUGACGACGUCGUCCCGCGCCUGCUGUCUCUGGCGCUGCAGGCGGCUCUGCAGGGCGAGGAGUCUCCUCGUAGCCCUCUGACGGAGGAGGCGGUCCUGACUGCGAUGGUCCCCGUCGUCAGCACGGCCUGCUCCAGGCUCCAGCCCUCGUUGGCGGCACAGACGGCGGCCAGCGCCGUGGCGCUCUUCCUGGACGGCGACGUCUCCUUUCUGCCCGACAACUCCUUCCCUUCAAACAUCCGGCUGCUCAAGGAGCAGCAGGGAGGGGCGCCGGGCCGCUCGCGGAUGGUUUGCCUGCUCAUGGCCUGCGUGUGCUCGCUGCCCCGAAGUGUGGACGUGCCGCAGGCGGACCGCCUGCUGUCCGAGCUGGAGGAGCUGAGCUGCUCGUGCGGCUGCCCGCUGUCCUACACGUCGGCCGCCAAGUGCUUCGCCGGGCUGGUCAACAAGAGGGAGCAGGGAGACUCCCUGGACGGCCUGGUUCGGAGGACCACGGACAGAGUGUGCCGUGAGCUGGACUGCUCCUCCUCGCCCGGACGCACCCAGGCCUUCACGCUCAUGAUCUGGGUUGCGAAGGCUCUGCUCCUGCGAUACCACCCUCUGUCCACAGCGCUCACAAACAAGCUCUUCUCUCUGCUGGACGACGCCGAGCUGGGCCCGGCGGCGGCGGACGCCUUCUCCCUGCUGAUGAGCGACUCGCCCGACGUGCUGAACCGGGGCGGCCACGCCGACGUGCGCAUCAUGUACCGCCAGCGCUUCUUCAGCGAGAACUCGGCCAAGCUGGUGCAGGGCUUCAACGCCGCGCCGCAAGAAAAAAAGCCCAACUACCUGAAGGCUUUGUCCAACAUCGUCAACAAGCUGCCCAAGCAGGUUCAAGUCACUGAGCUGCCGGCGCUCCUGUCUCUGCUGCUGGAGGCCCUGACGUGUCCCGAUCAGGGCGUCCAGCUGUCCACGCUGUCCUGCCUGCAGCCCGUCCUGGUCAGCCCGCCGCCGGCCCUCGUCCAGCAGCUGGAGGCGCUGGUCAACAGGCUGCUGGCCCUCGUCUGCAGCCCGGCCAUGAGCGUGCGGAUUGCUUCCCUGCACUGCGUCCAUGCCCUGUCCCUCCUCCCUGUGCACGAGGUUUUGCCGUUUCGAGCGCGGGUCCUGCGAGCGCUGGCUCAGCCGCUGGACGACAGGAAGAGGCUGGUGAGGAGAGAGGCGGUGCGGGCCAGAGGAGAGUGGUUCCUCGUCGGGAGUCCCGGGGGAAGGUGAUUUUCUACCAAACCCACAGUAAAACUCCAGGACCAAGUAUCAAAGCUGUGCAGUCCUCUGGGUCUUCCAGCUCCUCAUCCUCCUCCAAACUGAAAGGACUUUUUUUGUUUUUUUAAACCGUCUGUAUUUACAUGAAACGCACAAAGAGAUGUUUAUGGACUGACUGGCCUUGAAACGUGUAGCAGCAACUCGAAUCGAGACACUCGGGGCGAAUGUAGACGUGCCAACUGGCUGAGCACUUUGAAUGAAGACACGGCCGCGUAAUGUACUUCCAAUCCAGAUUGUAACUUAUGUGGACAGCAAGCCGAGCAUCCGCCUUUUUUUUUUUCCUCCCCCGGUUACGUUUCAUUUCACUCACUGACGACUCGUCGACCUCCGCCACGGAAAUAACGCAGAAUCUGUCUAACUUAAAGUGUUAUUAAAAC